GUUGGGGCUUUUUACAAGUGUGCUUUUUUGGGGGCGAGCUUUUUUGGAGGGGUGUUAUUCUGUGGGCGUUUUCCUUUUUUUUUUUUGGUUAACCUGACGGGGUGUUGGCUUGUCGACAAGGGCCUUUUGGAACCUUUUUGUGUUGUAUUUUCUUUUGUGUUUUUGUGGAUUGUUUUAUUGCCCUUUUGUAAAACGUUUUAUACUCGAGUGGUAUUUGACCACCAUUGCUUUGCACCUUGUUUUUGGAGCGCUUUUUGUUUUUGUUCUAUUUGCAACGCUCCUUUCUCCACCGUCCCUCUCCGUCCGCCACAACACACACAUAAAGCCUACGACAUUGGUAGCGGUUCAACACACAAAAGACAUGUUGGCCGACCUCAUAUCCAAACUCGCGUCCCAUCUCUUCCAUUCCACACCCUCCACGUCCCAGACACCGUCCCCCAAAGACACCUCAUCACCCUGGCGUACCGCCCACCGUCCACCCCAACCCGUCCAACGCGCCGCCUCGGCACCGGUCCUCCCCGUAAGCACCUCCAUUGCAAGAACCUACGCAACCGUCAAUGAAAAACUCCCUAUCGAGUACUCGGAUUGGGAGUCCUCGGAUGUACGGUGGGUUGAUGGGUCGGGCUAUAUGAGGCGGGACUUGGUUGGACGGGGCAAGUACUCGAAUGUCUACCGAGCUGUCCGCAAAGAUGGGAAAGUCGUGGUUAUAAAGUACCUCAAACCCCUCCGAACAAAGAAAUUCAAACGGGAGAUUUUGGUAUUGGAGAAUUUACGGGGUGGACCGAAUGUCAUUGAGUUUUAUGGGUGUUUUGUAGAUCGGGAGACAAAGGAACCCGCACUCAUUUUCAAAUACAUCAAUAAUACCAACUGGAAGGACCUGUAUCCAACUUUUUCGUAUGAUGAUGUUCGGCAUUACAUGUUCCAGCUCUUGCGGGCGCUCGAUUAUGCUCACUCGAGGGGAAUCAUGCAUCGAGAUGUCAAACCCCACAAUAUCAUGAUUGACCAUGCAACCCGCCAGCUCCGUCUCAUUGACUGGGGUCUAGCAGACUUUUACUUUCCCCACAAGGAAUACAACCUCCGCGUAGCAUCCCGAUACUACAAACCCCCUGAAAUCCUCCUCGGAUACCGACAAUACGACUAUUCCUUUGAUAUGUGGAGUGUUGGGUGCGUCCUAGCCGGAAUGAUUUUUCGCAUAGAAGUCUUUUUCCGAGGCGACAACGACACAGACCAACUCCGCACAAUCGUCAACGUCCUCGGAGGAUCCGACCUCCGUUCCUAUAUCCGUAAAUACUCUAUCCCCCUCGUCCCCGAAAUCGCACCCAUUGUACGUGAAUCCAGACAUAAACGGGCUGCAUUAAAAGAGUAUACGACCGUUUCUUGGACGUGUCAUGAAUUGGCUAUGGAACCUGCAUUGGAUUUGAUUGAGAGGUUGUUGAGGUAUGAUCAUGCUGAGCGGUUGACGGCGAGAGAAGCUAUGGGGCAUCGGUUUUUUCGCGCUUUGAUGGAUGAUUCGCAGAGUACGUUGGCUGCUAGUGCCGAAACCUGACAAAUCACCAAACCCCACUAGAAAAAAAGCCUUGAGCCUUUUAUGAAUUCCUUUUUUGUAUGUAUUUUCUUUUUCUGUUUCCCUUCCCAUACUCUCUACCACCCUUUCCCCCCUUUCUUUCUCUGCGCAUCUUUUUGCGUUUGCCCCCGCAACACUCGCUUUUUUUUUUUGGGAACAAUCCUGGGCUGGAUGUUGAUGUAUAUAGUCUGUCUGGUGGUGGAGUUUUUUGAGAGAUUGUCCCAUUUGUUAUUGCUGUUACAUGUAGUGAUACCUUUUGUUGUUGUUGUUGUUGUUGAUGUAAUGUGAAUGUUUUCUUUAAUCGUUGGUCAGUGUAAAAGUGUCGUGCCAAAGUGUUAAAGGAGAAACAAAAAGUUUUGGGGGUUCGCUUAAAAAAAUUGGUUUAUACAUAAAACGGAUGACAUGGGAGUUUUGCUUUUCUUGUGUCUUUUUGCGGAUUUCGUUUACUAGUCUAGUGAUUCUGCU